CGUGCACUCGACUCCAUUAUAACUUGGCCAGGAGAGUCACAGAGAAAGCUGCAAUACUCCAAAAUGCCUUACGAUUUCACAACUUUACACCGCAAUUGUCUGGUUGAACAGGUGACACCUUUGCCGGGAAAUCUGACAGGAACCCUGCCCCCGUGGCUGAGGGGAUCCUACCUGCUGGACGGUCCCGGCAGGAUGACCUACGGGGAGAACGAAUUCAACCACAUAUUCGACGGGUCAGCCCUUAUACAGAAGUUCACCCUUGGGGAAAACGGCGCCACCUUCAGCAGCAGGUUCCUCCGGAGUUACGCCUACACGACCAACCUCGAGAACGAGCAGAUUGUCGUGUCAGAGUUCGGGACGACGGGGAAGUCUCUCUCCAAAAGCAAGCUGGGCAAAUUAGGAGAAAAAUUGGCCUUCGACAAGUUGUUUUCCGACAAUGCACCAGUUGGCGUAGUUGUCUUUGGCGGCGAAUAUUAUUGCAUAACGGAAGCGCCGUUCUUGCACAAGAUUGAUCCCAGUACGCUCGAAACCAUAAGCAAGGUGGACCUUCACAAAGAACUAGGGAUCAACUCCCAGUGCCCUAACCCCAAGCUGCUCAGCGAUGGCACAGUCAUCAAUGUCCUUCACGGCGUCGGAGCCACAGGACCCAAAUACGACAUCGUGGCUUUCCCGAAGAAGCCUGUGGAAGGAAGAGCUUCCGUGUUCAGCAAACCAAAGAAAGUAGGAUCCGUCGACGCUCGCUGGAAGCUCAACCCGUGCCACAUGCACACCUUCGGACUGACGGAGAACUACGUGGUUUUGCUCGAGCAGCCGCUCACCAUCGACGUGAAAGCGACGGUCACCAACACCAUCCUAGACAAGCCUUUCAUUGGCGGCAUGGAGUGGAUGGAGAAUAAACUUGUAAAGAUCCACUUAGUGAAUCGAGAAACAGGUAAGGAGAUAAAGCAAAAGAUUAAAUGCGAAGCUUUCUUCUUCAUGCACAUAAUCAACUGCUUCGAGCAAGACAAUCACGUUAUUAUAGAUGUUGAUACUUACAAGAAGCCUGACCUUCUCUACGCCUUCCAUGUCAAGAACCUUCGAGAGCGAGGCGCCACUUUGGGCAGCGAGCUCGACGGGGGCUGCGUGAGGAGGGUGGUCGUGCCUCUGAAUGUCCCUGAGAAAGUCGCGCCUGAAGAGAACCUUGUGAAACUGGCAGGGAGUAGAGCAAAGGCUCUGAAACAGAAGGACGGCUCUCUAAUCCUCACGGCAGACACCAUUACGAAGAUCGCCUACGAAGUGCCCUCCAUCCACCCCCAACAUACCGGCAGGAAAUACCGAUAUUUCUACGGCAACAGCGGUGACAUGACAGUUCACGGAGGGAAAGUCGGGAAAGUCGACAUGGAUUCCCGGGAAGUGAAGGAGUGGCACGAAGAGGGAAUGUACGCGAGCGUGACUGCCUUUGUGCCGCGACCCGGUGCCACGGCGGAGGACGACGGGGUGCUCCUCCUGACGGCGUUACACUCAGACGACCGAAAAAAGACGACUCUCAUGGUACUCGACGCCACCGAGAUGAAGGAAAUGGCUCGAGUUGAGUUCAUGACCCCUUCCGACGUAACGAAGGCCCUACAUGGUCUUUUCAUACCCGAGUGAGGAAUCGAGAGUUCGUGGGCGCCUGGAGGUGGUCCUCGAACUAGUGCUUUCCGCUCGAUUGUCAUGUAGCUAGUUUUUUUUAUAUCAGUGUCUGACUCAUCGUGGUUGUAGAUGUCUGCUUGCCUUACCUUUUUAUGUAAAUUCUCCUCGAUUGAUCAUAUAGAUAGAGGAUUCUUUUUUUUCCAACUUCAUGGACAUUUUCCCGAAAUGCAUAUUCUUAUAGAUAAAAUCUAUCAAAAUAUUAAAUAAAUCCAAACAAAACCCAGGCUACAAUCUAAUGUCACAUCCGGCUUCUUGGAUUUGGAUCGCCCAAGGAAAGAACGUUAUUUUCUAAGUGAAUUUCACUAGAACAUGACAGCAAAGGCGAUCAGGCAUCCAGUUCUGACGUUAUGUUCUAGUGACUGUCUGAGUGGAAAACAAGUUAUCUGGACGGUCUUAUCAAGUGGAUGGCCUUCUAUCUAGACGACAGUCGAAAUUUGUAGUGAUUUGACUUUCGAUGAUAAGAAAAAACAACUUACAUAGAUAUACAUGUAAGUGUACGCACAAGUAUAUGUAUGUUAUAUUAUAUAUAUGCAUACACACACACACACAUGUGGCAUGGUACUCAUGGUACUCAUGGUGUG